GCCGCCGCCACCGCGGGCUCAACUCCACCCGGCGGAGCCCGGCGCGCCGCAGCCGCACAAAAGAGGCGCUGGGGCCGGCCCGGGAGCGUCGCGGCAGGGCUCGCGGGGAGGCGCAGGAGGAGCGGCGGCGGGGAGGAAGGCUCCGAGGCAGGAUGCGGGCAGCGGAGGACCUGACACUUCUUGGAAACUCUUGGAAAUGGCUCCCGCCACAGCCGCGGAGGGGGCUGCGAACCUGGGGCGGGCGCUCGCCCCCGCUGGGCUGCUGAGCCGCGCUCUCCUGGUGGGCCCCGAGGCGCUGUCCCUGCGCCCCGCCGUCGGCUCGGGCUGAAAAAGUUUCUCCAUGGUUCCUUUGUGUCGCCCGAGCGCCCGUUCGCCGCCCCGGAGCUGCCCCAGCCUUCCCGGCAGGAGGAGGUGGCGGAGCAGCUAGUGGACAGCUGGCGCCCCCACUACACAAGCCUCUGCCACAGAGACUAGCCCCGCAGGGCUCUGGCUCACCAUGAUAGCCACCGGUGGCCUCCUGAGGAUUUCCGCCAGAAAGCAGGAUCCUCUCCGCCCCCCAACCCAGGUCCCCAAGCGCAAGCGGAAAGCCAAGAAAAGGCGCAAGAACGAUGUGGUGGUGGUGAAAGGCAAGCUAAAGCUGUGCUCCAUCUCGGGGCUCAUUGCCCUCUGCGGGAUCCUGGUGCUGCUGGUGGGCAUAGCCAUGGCGGUGGUGGGCUACUGGCCCAAGGCCAACGGGACCAACAGGGAAGGGGGUAAGCAGCUGCCGCCCGCAGGCAGCGGCCACCGCGCCCCGACCACGGCCAAUAGUAGCGGCAGUGGCAGCAAAAACCGGUCCAGGAGCCACCUGGGGACUCCGGGGGGUGUCAACUCGAGUUUGGUGGGCGCGCCCCGGAGCACACCUCCCGCGCGGUCCGCCGGCCCUUCGUCCUCUUCCACGUCUGUGGGUUUCUUCUUCCGCAUCUUCUCCGGGUACCUGCACUCUGAUAAACUCAAGGUCUUCGGGCCCCUCAUCAUGGGCAUCGGCAUCUUCCUCUUCAUCUGCGCCAACGCGGUGCUCCACGAGAACCGAGACAAGAAGACCAAAAUCAUCAACCUGCGGGACCUCUACUCCACCGUCAUCGACGUGCACAGUCUCCGCGCCAAAGACCUGGCGGCCGCCGCUGCUGCUGCCGCCGCCGCCGCCUCCUCCUCCUCCGCCCCCGCUUCGGCGCCCCCCGGGGCCCCGCCGCUCAACGGCUUCCUCAGCUACGUGCAGUCGCGGGGCCUGGAGCUGAAGCCCGGGAGCUGCGGCGGCAGCGCGGGGGACGCCUUCGGGGCGGCGGCGAUGCUGGCCAGGGGCUCGUGGCCCCACCCCGCCGCGCUGGGCGGGGACGACGGCGGGGCCAAGGGCGCCGCGUCCCCGCCGGACCUGGCCUCGUCCCCGCGCUGCCCGCGGGAGCCCCCGAGCCUGGCGGAGGCCGUGUACAGCAUCUACCGCGAGCGCUCGGGCGUGGCCAGCCGUCGCCGGGCCGCCGCCGCUGCCGCCGCCGCGGUGGCCGCUGCCGCCGCCGCCACCGCGGCCGCCAGCAGCAGCGGCAGCCCGGCGCCCUGCAGCCCACCCGAGAGCUGGGGGCGCCAGAGCACCGCCAGCUCCCUCGUGGGCUCCUCGCUGAGCGCCUUCGCGCUGCUACCCUUGCAAGGGGACCGCGACGGGGACGGGGAUGGCGCCGGGGAUGGGGACGGGGACGCGGAGGGCGCGAGCUGCAGCUGGCAGAGGCCGCCUGGGGAACGUGGCUCCCGGGAGAUCCCGCGGGGCGAGCUUGACCUGAGCUUGACCGACCUCCGUGGUGCCCCGGGCGGCUCGCGCUGGGCGCCCAGAGAGCUGGAGGAGCCGGAGGGCCCGGCGGCGGCGCGCACCGCCAGAGGGCAGGGUGGCCGCCUGCCCAGGACCGGCAGGUACACGGCCCUGCGGCGCCGCAGCACCAGCGGGCUCCCGGACUACCGGGCGCCACCGUCCCCCGAACCCCCGCCCUCCCCGGGCAGCGGGGAGCUGGACUCGAGCCUUCUGGCCAAAGCUGCCCCCCCGUCCCCGUCCCUGCGGCUGGAGGACUCGCCCCCUGCCAGGCCGGACUCGCCGACCUCCCAGUCAGAUGACCCAUCCUGCUGCAAUAAGGGCUACACCCCCCUGAGGGAGGCUGGCACCUCUUUGGAGUCGGUUGUGGAAGCAGUAGCCAGCAAAAGUCCAGACUGUGAGGGCCCCACGGCCCCGGGGGCGCAGCAGAGGCACCCCGAGGAUCCCAGCCAAGGGCCACCCGCGGGCCAGUCACCUCAGCCGGUGCAGAGGCAGUUUACAAACAAGGAGAAACUCUUCAUGAUUUCCCGGUCUCACGCCAUAGGGGUAGAGGAUGGAGAACUGGAAAGUACUGGCAUUUAGGAAAAGAAGUGGGGGGGAGUGGUGGGCAAAGGAAUCAGAGGAUUGGGGAAAUGCCCACUUGAAUCCGUGAAUUUAACAUUUCCCUGUUUCCUUGUGGACUUACCCGAGGAAAUCAUCCAAUACCCAAAGAGCUGCAGAAUGUUAUCCCUGAAAUGCGUUCACAAGAUUCCUGUAGAUAACUCCAAGCAAUUUUUUUUUUAAAAAGCAAACUAGUCUUUUAUGUCCGAUGGUGAUUGUAUGUUCCAUGAAAACCAAAUGUAUUAAAAGGUCAGCAAUCUAGUUAAUUAGAUGAGAUUCUCUUAAUUUUCUUAGGAUCAAAAUAAUAUAUUUUUUUGACAGUAACUGUGCACUUUACUCCAACUUUUUCCUCCCCCUCAUUUCCCUAACCCUGUCCUGUGCCUCUGGUUUUGUCCAUAGCUGCUUGUGAAUGACGAGCUUUCCUUUUCUUGUGCUUUUGUGGAGCAUGGAAGGGUUUGUCGAAGUUCUUUGAGAACUGACCUUACUAAAUGAAGUCAAAGCCAGAAGCAAGAGUCUGUCAGGAAAGAGCACUUUUCCUUGCCCCGCCCUAUUCUGCUCCAAUAGCUCAAAGGCCUCUUUAUUUUUUAAAAGGGUAUUUACAUUUUGCUACUAGGGUAUCUAAUGGAGGAGGGGAUGGGCAUCAUCUAGAUGGAUUGUUACAUUCCUAAAUUCACUAUAUCAAGUAUACAAUAUUGAGUAUUAUCACACCUGUGUUGCAAAUAGCAUUAUUAAAAGCCUUUUUUUUAAUAAAAGAAGUUUCCAAACAAACAGUUAAACAUAAUAUCGCUUCAUUUUGCCUUGGAACAAAUGCUUCUAAUACACAUUAAACAUUUAACAGUUCAGCUGGUAAAUCUAAAAUAUUAUGCUAUGACACUGUACUAUGAUUGUAGCUAUCCUCCCCCAACGUGCUCAGUGCUAUCAUGACUCUAUCCAUUUACAGUAUAUUUUUAACUUUUAAACAUAGGGUAGUAUUGAACAUUUGGGAGUUUCUCUUUCAAAUAGAAUGAAACAUUAAAUAAAUAGUAAUUUUCUAUAAUACUUCUAAGUUUACCUCAAAGUAUUAAUUUACAGAGCACCAGGCUUAAUGGCCCCUUUUCAUCCUCUUGGAUUUGACUUACUUGGUUUUGAUUUUAAGUUCAUGAUCUUGAAUCCAUGGCCUACAUAGGCUAAAAAGGUAAUGUUUUAAUAAUUUGGUAGAUUGGUUACACUUGGUUUUACUGAAAGUCAAUUUCAAUACUCUUCAAGAACAGUAAACAAGGUACCUUUCUGAUGCCCUCUUCCUUUGAAUGUGAGGGCUAAGAACCUUGAGGGUGCUGUUACUUUCUUUUGACCAUUUGGGCAUGAGGCUAUCAUUGUAGGACGCUCAAAUACUGAUUUUAAAGGAAAACCAGCCAAAGAUGUGGUCAUGUCAGUCCCCAUGGAUGAAGCAGUGGGUUCAGUGGGAAGAGUGCAGAUUCAGGGGUGAAGUUAGACCUCCCAGCUCUCAGUAUUUGCUACCUGUGUAACUUAGAACAGUCACAAAUGCUGUCUCAGUCAUUUGAUCUAUAAAAUGGGGACAACUAGACAGACCUCAUAGAGAUAUAAGUGGGUGGGCAAGGGAUUCUAUGUACAAAGGGGAGCAGAGUACCUGGCUCAGUGAACUCAGUAAAUGGUUAUUGUAAUUAUUAUUAUCAUUAUAAUAAGUUGUCUGCAUGCAGGCUGCGGAAUAACCCUUCCUUCAACUUGAGCUCAAGAAAGCCUGGCUAAAACCUGGAAUAUCCACUUACUAUCUACAUGACCUUAGGCAAAUCACAUAAUCCCUCCGGGCCUCUGGUGGAUAAUAUAAUCUCCCUGACUGCCUUCAGCUCUAGAAGCUUUACUUCAUUUCGGGGUAUUUGUUUUGUCCUGGAUAUAAUCAUAUUUGUACAUACAACUGCAAAGUGAGUAUAUUUUGUAGUCUACCAUUUAGUGUGACAUGCUGUAAUCAGUUUAAAAGGACCUAAUUUAUUUCCACAUUGGAUCUGCAUUAAGCUAUUAACUCACUUGAAAGCUGUGGAUUAAUUUAUUUCGUUCUUCUAUAGAGCAAAAGUGAGUUUCCGCUAGUAAGAGGGACAAGCAAGUGUAAUGAUACCUCCAGGUAGUGUUAAAUUUCAUUGGUCUCUGUUGUUUUAUCAUACUUCCCCCAAAUUUCU